UAAAGUUCCUUGUUUCGUUAUUCCUGACGACUCGCUGACGUUGAAGCAGCCAAGGGAAGAUGGCGGAAGGAUUCUUCAGUUGGGCAAUUACGCAAGCGGCGGACCGUGCCCCACGCACCCGAAGGCGUCAGGAUGCCUUUCAAUUGGACGAGACAGAUUUCGUUAAGUUGUUCCGUCUGUCAAAAAACGCUGCACGCACCGUUUGUGAGGACCUCCGACCAUACAUCACACCGUCUACAUGGAGACUGGAUGCAUUGCCCGUGGAAACAAAGGUGCUUUGCGCAUUGCAUUUCUACGGUUCCGGUAGUUAUCAAACACCCGUUGGGAACCAGUUAGAAAUUGGGCUUCCUCAAAGCACGUCCAGUCGCUGUACUCGGCAAGUGACCAACGCGAUGCAGCAACCGGCGCUGGUUCAACGUUGGAUUAAAUUCCCCGUGGAUGCUGCGACCAUUUGGGGCAUAAAAGACGACUUCUACGAAACGUACAGGUUUCCAGGUAUCAUUGGUGCAAUUGAUUGCACUCAUGUACCUAUCGUGGCCCCAGCUACAGAUGAGUUCCUGUAUGUAAACCGAAAAGGUUACCACUCGAUGAAUGUCCAACUGAUUUGCACGUCCGAGCUUGAAAUUUUGAAUGUCAAGGCCAAAUAUCCUGGGAGCACGCACGACUCCUUCAUAUGGAGGAAUUCAGCUGUACGGGAGGCUCUUGCAAGCAAUCGAAUCCCGAGUUCGAAUUCCUGGCUGAUUGGAGACAGUGGGUACCCUCUCGAGCCAUGGCUGUUGGUACCAUACUCCGAAUCCGAGACAGCACAUGAGUCGUACAAGGAAAAUUUCAACAUACGGCACAAGGAAGCACGGGCUAUAAUUGAGCAGUGUAACGGCCUUCUCAAAAGCCGGUUUCGGUGCCUUCACAGGCACAGAGUGCUGCAUUACGCACCGAGUGUGGUGGGACAAAUUGUUAACGCAUGUGCAAUACUCCACAAUAUUUGUCUGAGUGAGGGAUUAAGGUUAGAAGACGAAAUUGAGGGGGACAGCGGAAUGUUCGACACACUGACCAAUCAUAAUGAAAGGGAGGAGAAUUCCCGUUCCGCAGGUGCAAGAGUUCUUGAUCAUGUCGCUAGACAGCUCACUGGAGAAUAGAUGGAGUAAAGGUAUCCGGUACGCAGACCUUACAACUGCAUUAGUCAUCAUUGCUGCGGUGUUGUGAUGAACACAGCCAAAUUAAAUUCCCCGAAAUAAAUGUGCAUAGCAUUUUUCGACCU